AUGACCACCGGCUGUAUCACCAACAGCUCUGCCAAGAGCUGCCCCAGGCCUGCUUCUGUCUGCUCCAGCAGCAUGAGUUGUCGGCCUGAUCUGUGCCUGGGUUAUGUCUGCCAGCCCAUGACCUGCAUGUCUUCCAUCUGCUUGCCCACCACCUACCAGUCAGCCAGCCGCUUCCCUAAGACCUACUUGCCCAGCUCGUGCCGACCCAGCAGCUGCCGGCCAGCCAGUGGCAUCUUUAGCUCUGUGGGCACCUACUGCCGCUAUGGCGAGGGCUCCUUCAAUGGCAAUGAGAGGGAGACCAUGCAGUUCCUGAACGACCGCCUGGCCAGCUACCUGGAGAAGGUGCGGCAGCUGGAGCGGGACAAUGCGUGGCUGGAGAGCAGGAUCCAGGAGACCUUGCAGUCCCAGGCAGUCACCACAGGGCCUGACUACCAGUCAUAUUUCAGGACCAUCGAAGAGCUCCAGCAGAAGGUCCUGUACACCAAGGCUGAGAAUGCUAGGAUGAUUGUGCACAUUGACAACGCCAAGCUGGCUGCCGACGACUUCAGGACCAAGUAUGAGACGGAGGUGUCGCUGCGGCAGCUGGUGGAGGCCGACAUCAACGGGCUACGCAGGAUCCUGGACGAGCUGACCCUGUGCAAGUCUGACCUGGAGGCGCAGGUGGAGUCGCUGAAGGAGGAGCUGCUCUGCCUCAAGAAGAGCCAUGAGGAGGAAGUCAGUACCCUCCGAGGCCAGCUCGGGGAUCGCCUUAACAUCGAGGUGGACGCUGCUCCCCCUGUGGACCUGACCAGGAUGCUGGAGGAGAUGCGGUGUCAGUAUGAGACGGUGGUGCAGACCAACCUCAGGGACGUGGAGGACUGGUUCAACACGCAGAUGGAAGAGCUUAACCAGCAGGUGACCACCAGCUCCGGGCAGCUUCAGAGCUACCAGUCAGACAUCAUUGAUCUGCGGCGAACAGUUAACACACUGGAGAUCGAGCUGCAGGCCCAGCACAGCUUGAGAGACUCCCUGGAGAACACCCUGGCCGAGAGCGAGGCCCGCUACAGCUCCCAGCUGUCACAGAUGCAGUGCAUGAUCAACAACGUGGAGUCGCAGCUGGCUGAGAUCCGCUGUGACCUGGAGCGGCAGAACCAGGAGUACCAGAUGCUGCUGGAUAUGCGGGCGCGGCUGGAGUGCGAGAUCAACACGUACCGGGGCCUGUUGGAGAGCGAGGCCUGA